GAAACCGUUGGGCUUUGUGCGCUGCAGGUAUACUAAUAGUAUUAAUUAAAUUCAUUGAAUAAGCCGAGUCUGGCGAAUAAUUUAUAGCAAGUGGCAGUGCGAGCGAUAAAUUAAACAGCUAAAAAUUAUGCCAAACAUUGUCGCACUAAAGCUGAGCGCCAGCUAUCCGAUUAUGGAGGGUCACCAGGGUCACAAAGGUCGAAAGGAGGAGGGAAAAAUCCUGGUGCUGGACCAAUUGGCGCUGCAGCAACAAAUCAGUGCGAAUUUCAUUUUCCAUGCGAUUUCCAACUACAAGAAAACGCCAUCCGAGCGAAAAACACUGGACUUCAUUGCCAAAAAAUGGCUGCACAUCCAGUUGCUGUGGCGCGAGUUCCGGUUGAGGGAUAAGCAAAUACGACGUGGCCACAAGGAUGCCCAUUGGCUGGAGCACGCAUAUUUCCAGCAGGAGCUCUUCGAGCUGGUCCACGAGAAAUACUCGGCGGCCCGUGGAUGCCUCAGUCGUGACAAAAGAAAUCUGCUGCUCACUGGUGGUCAGCCAUUGCUGCCAUAGCCAUAGUGUUUAUUCAGUCGAGGAAAAGGUGGCAGAAGGCUCCUUGAAAAAAAAGCAUAAAGAAACCGGGCAGGAAAAAGGAAGCGGAGAAUAUGGACGUGUGAAAACUUAUUCCCUAUCCCCUGUCCGGUGGAAAAACACGCACUGUAAACAGUUCGAUUCUGAGAUGAUAUCCGUCAACAGCGAUUCCAGUUUCAUUCCCCAUUCUCCGUUCCCCAAUUCCAAUCCCAAUCCCAAUGCCCAUCCAAUGGGCAAUCAAUCUGACUGGACGCCAUCCAUAUGCCCAAUGAUUGAUUGCACUCGGCAAAUGCUUAUCACAAUUAUUAUGAUAUGUCAAAAGGUUAUACAAGUCAUGGUGAUGACGUCGAUUUGGGCCAGGAAUUGUUGCAAGUGGCCCAAAGCAUUUGUAUUUAUUCAAAGCAAUAUACAAAUUUUUAAAGAUUUUGUAAAAAUUUAUUUAAAUUAAAAUAAAAUUUUCAAUACCCUUUAUACCUUCAA